ACAGGCAGGUAUGGACCUAAGUAAUUCUCAGGAACAGCCAAUGGCUGCAGAAGGACAGGAGGUUUUGAAAGACUGUAAUUUGAACAAAUCCCAGGAAAUGGAAAGUAUGGAUAAUGUGGAGGAGAUGAAGGAACACAAUCAGUCUAGUGAAGAAGCAGCAGAUGAUGUGGUUAAAGUGAAAGGUGAAUACAGUGAAAGAGAGGAGAGUGCUUUAAAUUCAGAGCCUAUGGAAAAUGCAGAAGAAUCUGAAAUACCUUACACCUAUCCCAGAGAAUAUAAUGAAUAUGAAAGCAUUAAACUGGAAAGACAUUCUGGUUCAUAUGACAACAUCAGGCCAGCUAGUGGAAAAAUGAAUUGUGAUAUCUGUGGAUUAGCCUGCAUUAGCCUCAAUGUCUUGAUGGUUCAUAAGCGUAGCCACACUGGUGAACGGCCAUUCCAGUGUAAUCAGUGCGGAGCUUCCUUUACUCAGAAGGGUAACCUCCUCCGCCACAUUAAACUACAUACAGGGGAAAAACCUUUUAAAUGUCAUCUUUGCAGUUAUGCCUGCCAAAGGAGGGAUGCGCUAACAGGUCACUUAAGGACACAUUCUGUGGAGAAGCCAUACAAAUGCGAGUUUUGUGGAAGAAGCUACAAGCAAAGAAGCUCAUUAGAGGAGCACAAGGAGCGGUGCCGUACAUAUUUGCAAAAUGCUGGCAUGUGCGAGACUGCAAACGUGGAGGCAAGGCACAUCAAGGCAGAGAUGGGGAGUGAAAGAGCCCUUGUGCUGGACAGGCUAGCAAGCAACGUGGCAAAGCGAAAAAGCUCAAUGCCUCAGAAAUUUAUUGGUGAGAAACGACAUAGUUUUGAUGUUAAUUAUAAUUCAAGUUUCAUGUAUGAAAAGGAAAGUGACAUAAUGCAAGGACGCAUGAUGGACCAGGCCAUAAAUAAUGCAAUCACCUACCUUGGGGCCGAAGCCUUGCGCCCUCUUGUGCAGACACCGCCGGCUCCCACUUCUGAAAUGGUCCCUGUCAUAAGCAGCCUGUAUCCCAUACCACUGACCCGCUCCGAAAUGCCAAAUGGCAACUCACAAGAUGCAGAAAAGAGCCAUACCCACCUAAGAGACAAAAGUCUGUCUUCUGAUAGAGGCCUUUCCCCAAACAACAGUGGCCAAGACUCCACAGACACUGACAGCAACCACGAGGAACGGCAGAAUCACACCUUCCAUCAAAGCCAAAUGAUCCCCCCUCAGGCCCGUAAUGGCCUCCAAUCCUUGAAGGAUUUUCCAAGGCCAUAUGACAUAAUCAAGCCACCUGCCAUAUGCCCACGUGAUGCCUUUAAGGUCAUCAAUAAGGAAGGGGAAGCUAUCGGGGUCUACCGGUGUGACCAUUGCCGCGUCCUCUUUUUGGAUUAUGUGAUGUUCACCAUCCAUAUGGGCUGCCAUGGAUUCCGUGAUCCUUUCGAGUGCAACAUGUGUGGGUACAGAAGUCAUGACCGAUACGAAUUUUCCUCACAUAUAGCACGAGGAGAGCACAGAGUAGUACUGAAAUAAAAGGAUUGAUUUUCUGAGAUCAAAGGAUUUGUUUUAGAUCGGAGGGAGGGUUGUUUGUUUUUAAUUAGUAUAAAGAAAUUUCUUGAAUAUUUUUCUAUGCCAGUUUUUAAGUAAUCAAUGUCAGAGGGAGGGUUUUGUUGUUUUUCUUGGUUUGUUUUUUGUUUUUUACAAGUAAUUCAUUGUUCUGUAGCAUCUAUGCCUAGCUGCUAUGGUGAGUGGUACUGUAUAAGUACCAGAAGUAGAGAGAGAGAGAUUUUAAAUGAACUUUAUUUUUGUGAAAAUUAAUAGCAAUUUAAGAUUUUUAAAAUUUUUAACAUGUAUUUGUUUUUAUAGUGUAUGCUUUAAC